AUGGCUCCAGACCAAGAGGCCGCGUGUGCCCCCGAUUCCAAGAUCGACCAUGCCGCGUCCAUCAAUUACUGGAGCAGCCUGCCGAGUACCGAGAGUAACAUGCUAGGCAUGCUCGGUACCUACCCUUGGUAUACUCGAAUUGAGCUGCAAGGGUCGAAGAACUUCCUGUCAAAGGUACGUCGCUUAGUCCCGGCCAUCUCCGGCAAGUUCAGUCUCGGCGUGGACUGUGGCGCAGGAGUUGGCCGCGUGACAGAGGGGUUCCUGCGCCAUGUGUGUGAUAUGGUCGAUGCAGUGGAACCCGUGGAGAAGUUCACCAAGGUUUUGCAAGAGGGAAAAUUGAAAGAAGAAGGGGUCAUUGGCGACAUCUACACUGUUGGUCUGGAAAAUUGGUUCCCGGUGAAGAAGUACGAUCUCAUCUGGACCCAGUGGUGUGUGGGCCAUUGUACGGAUUCUCAAUUGAUUGACUACAUCGCACGAUGUCGUGAUGCCUUGACUGAGCAUGGUGUCAUGGUGGUCAAGGAGAAUCUCUCCACUGAUCCUUUGGGCCAAGAUAUGUUUGACGACGAGGACAGCAGCGUCACACGGACAGAUGCGAAAUUCAAGCAGAUCUUUGAAGCCGCGGGGAUGGAUGUGAUCAAAGCGGAGAUCCAGACGGGUUUCCCAAAGAACUUCAAACUUCUCCCCGUCAAAUCAUAUGCCUUACGACCAAGAGCUUGA